AUGGAGUUGGAACUGGAAUUCCGAGGAGCUGUGGCUGGGGCCCAGGCUGCCGGGCAGCUGCUCCUCAGGACCGAGGUCUCCACGAAGAAUGAGCAGCUGGAGGAGGUGGCCGUCACCCAAAGGAAAGGCCAGGCCGGAAGCCUGCUGUGCUGGUUCACUACCGUGAUCCUGUAUCUGUCCUUCCUAGGGCUGGGACUGAGUAGUGGUAUCCUGGGACCCACAUUUCAAGAUCUGGCCAUUAAUGUGAACCGUAAUAUCAGCAAUCUUUCUCUAAUAUUUGUGAGUCGAGCCUCUGGAUUUUUGUGUGGCUCUAUGAUUGGUGGAGUUCUUCUGGACCACAUGAAUCAUUUUUUACUUUUGGGUAUAUCAAUGCUGGCUACAACAGUUACUCUUUAUCUUACUCCUUUCUGCAAGACUGCAGAAUUUCUAAUUGGCGUGAUGCCUGUCUUUGGCGCUUCCUUUGGUGUUCUCAAUACAGGUGGGAAUGUCCUCAUCUUGGCUCUUUGGGGGGACAAGAGCCCCCCAUACAUGCAAGCCUUACACUUCAAUUUUGCCCUGGGUGCCUUCCUGGCUCCCCUGCUGGCUAAACUGGCCCUGGGCCCCACAGUGUCUGCUGACAACCACACAGAGCCCAACUUUCUCCCUCCAGCCCUGAACCGGUCAUCUGAAGCUGCCUCAGUCUCCCUACUCGGAGUGCCCCAUGACAUGAACUUACUGUGGGCUUAUGCUUCCAUUGGCACCUAUAUUCUCAUAAUUUCUCUGUUUUUCUUUGUUCUGUUCUUCAUGAAGAGCUCAAGGCAGGGAAAAUCAACAGCAGCAUCUGCUCAGGAAUCUCGAAGAGCUAAAUACCACAAGGCCCUUCUCUGUCUCCUUUUUAUAUUCUUCGUCUUCUGUGUUGGAGCUGAGGUCACAUACGGCUCUUACAUUUUCUCCUUUGCCACCACCCACAUUGGCAUGGAUGAAAGAGAAGCAGCUGGCUUGAACUCCAUCUUCUGGGGGACCUUCGCAGCCUGCCGGGGUCUGGCAAUCUUCUUUGCAGCAUGUUUGCGACCUGCCACCAUGAUUGUGCUGAGCAACCUUGGCAGCCUGACCUCCUGUUUGUUUCUGGUGCUUUUUGACAAGAGUCCCCUUUGUCUGUGGAUAGCAACCUCCGUGUAUGGGGCCUCCAUGGCCACCACUUUUCCUAGUGGUGUUUCUUGGAUUGAACAGUACAGCACCAUCAGAGGCAAGUCUGCUGCAUUUUUUGUGAUUGGUGGUACUCUGGGAGACAUGGCGAUUCCUGCAAUAAUUGGAAUUCUUCAAGGGCAAUUCCCAGAUUUACCAAUACUUAUGUAUACCUGUUUAGGAUCAGCGAUCUGCACUGCUGUUUUAUUUCCUGUGAUGUAUAAAUUAGCAACUUGGCCUCUGAAUUGCCAGAGAAAAUAAAACAGAAAGAACAAAGACCAGAAAGCUUUUCUUCCUACUUUCAGACAAUAA